UUGUGUUAGAGCAAGGAGCUUUUAUCAGGAGGAGAGAGCAAGAAUUUUUUUCCAUUCAGCUAUGUUCGUAGCGGGCGACAAAAUUUGAUUAACACCUAAGUGUCAAUGACACUCAUUUGCAUACAUCCCAAGCGCGUGUCUCCGCGCGUUGUCGCAUUCUCGGCCUUUGUUUUCAAGAUGGCACGACCCGGAGACGACGACUUCGUGUGGAGCGAUUUCGAUUUCAGUGACUUUGAGGAUGAUUUUGAAGCGAUGGAGGAGGAAGACGAAUGUGUUGAGGGUCUCUCCCAUAGUAGUAGUCAAAGCGCUACGAAGACCAGCGCGGCAGCGUCCGGUCGUGGAGCAUUUGAGUGCGAUGUCUGCGGAAAACCGUACAAGAACGCCGGCUCGUUUCGCCGACACAAGGAGAGGGAGCAUCCAGUAUCAACUGUCACAGAUCCAGAACCAGGAACCUCCAACACUCCUGACAAGACGCAAGUGAAAGGAGCAGGGAAGGCUUCGAAGCCACGUCGCAAGCUCAAGGUGAAGAGACCAACAUCCAAGUUGGGGAAAGAAGAUGCCUUGGCUGAGGGACCACGGCUGGUGAAAGAUGCCAUAGAAGAAGCCACCAAGUAUCCACCAUGGCUGCUCACAUUUGGGACAGUGGCCACUCCUGGGAACAAGGCUGCCAAGAUAGCAGCAGAUAUUUUCGGCAGAUGGGCAACGUCAGACAAUGCCCACUUUAUCAUGACAUUGUGUAGUCUGUUGUGGUGUGUAAUAAGUGCUGCAGAUACUUCUGUGCUAUGUAGUUCUGCGAAUGAAACCAUGUUUGGUGCAUUCCACAAGUUAUGCACAGGUGACCAAUUCCAGAAUUUGUGGAAUACUUUCAUGUCUAGUCUAGAUCAGAUUCCAUGCCCUUUGCUGCACAUGUUUGUUACAAACAAGGUUUUUGAAGGCCUCCUGGCAAAGAAGCACAGUGUGGAUGCCCCUAUUACAGGUGGCACUUGUAGUGAUGUAGACACAGCUAUGACUAAUGCUGAAGAACAGGUUUUAAGGUAUGUUGCUGGGUAUAUCCCACAUGCUCUGUUAAAACACUACAAGAAGUACGACAACAAGCUUGCCAAACUCUAUGCUACAGUUUUGUCAGAAUGGAAAGUAGAUGGUGCCAAACACUCAAGUACUGGAAAAGCAACUUUUUUGAAGUACACAGAGGGAUGGGUGGACAAAGUUAAUCGUGGUGGGCUAUAUGUUGUGACUGACCAAGUUUAUCUUUUUUUCCGUGCUGUGGAAAAAGUGGUCAGGUCAACUGCCAAUGUUCAACAGCUCCGUCAGGGUACACUGACAGGGAUAAAGGAUGACAUUAUGAACAAACUGGAGACAGAUUUCUUGGUAAACAAGUACUGGUGUGCCAUUGCCUGCAGCAUUACAGAUGAGAAGGCUAGUGUUGCUUUGUUAGAGAAGAUUCUAUUGUACUUUGUGAACCUUAGAUGCCGUGCAUUUGCUGAGGCACAUAUAGCAGUUAUGAGACAAAAAAACAUUGAUGCAGCAUCCAAGAAGGGAGAGAAAUCACUAAGGAAGUCCUUGGGCUAAUGUCUUUGAUGGGACACUUCACAUUACAUGUACUAGAAUUUUGUACACAUCCUUCAAAAUUUUGCUGUACAUGUUGCUUGUAAUACACCUUUGUGAAAUAUG